GCUGAGUUUAAAUAUUUCACAAUAUAAAACAAAACAAACAAGACGUUCUUUGAAUUUUACCACAACAUGUUAUCUUCAACAUGGAUUAUAUCCCUGCUAAUAUUAAUUUUAACGUCGAUAUUUGGUUUGUACAAAUAUUCCACAAGGCAUUUUGAUUACUGGAAAAAACGGGGAGUAUAUUAUAAGAAACCAUCACCGUUUUUUGGAAAUUUCUACGAAGUGUUUACUUUACAAACAACGACGUUUGAAUUACUGAAGAAAAUGUAUGAAGAGACUGACGAACCGUAUUUUGGAAUUUUUGUUUUCGAUAAACCGAUUUUAGUUUUGAAAUGCCCGAAAUUGAUAAAAGAUGUUCUUAUAAAAGAUUUCAACGUGUUCUCCAAUAGGAGUAUAACACCUUCUUCUCAUAAUUUGACGACAUCCAAUUUUAUAUUCAUGCAAAAGGUUCCAGAAUGGAGAACCACCAAAUCCAAAUUAAGUCCAUUUUUUACUUCGUCAAUGAUGAAGAAUAUGUUCGUCACCGUGGAUUUGGUUUGUAAAAAUUUUGUAAAAUAUUUAGAGAAAUCACAUGGAAUCUUUGAUGCAAAACACAUAGGAAGUCAAUUCUCUCUCGAGGUUAUUUCUAGAUGUUUUUAUGGUGUUGAUCCGCUGGCAUUUGAUGAACACGUUUCGUCUUUUCGAAAACAUGUCGAAGGGAUUUUCGAAUUCAGUUUACGAAAUAUAUUUAUUCAGUCCUGUCACUUUUAUCAUCACUGGUUGGUUGAUACUUUAAAAUUAAAUUUCGUAGCAGCAAAUACCGUGACAUUUUUCAAAAAUGUAUUCAACUCUGCCAUGCAAGCAAGACAAAAUUAUAAAGGGAAAGCUACUAAUCUGAUUGACGUCAUGAAUGCUUCGAAAGAUGAUUCAGAAUUGACGAACGCUUUUUCAAAUGCCAUUUUCUUCAUGGUAGCUGGCCAAGAAACCACAAGCUCUUUGAUCAGUUACGUUUUAUAUGAAUUGGCUCUUAAUCAAGACAUCCAAACAACUUUAAGAGACGAAAUAGAAAAUUAUGUACAAGAAUAUGGAGAUUUAACUUUCGAAGAAGUGAAAAAUCUGAAAUAUCUCAACAUGGUUAUAAGUGAGGGUUUGCGUAAAUAUCCUGUGCUUCCUUUUUUGGACAGAACAGCAAUGGCCGAUUAUCGUCUGAAAGGAACUGACUUAGUAAUUGAAAAAGGAAUGACGGUUUACGUUUCCUUUUAUGCCACUCACAUGAAUCCACAAUAUUAUCCAGAUCCUGAAAAAUUUGAGCCCGAAAGGUUUUUGGACGUUGAUUUUAAUAACGAAGAUGGUUUGAAAUACUUUCCAUUUGGGGAUGGACCUAGAACAUGUACAGGAAAAAGAUUGGGUUUGCUUAUGGCGACAAUGGCUAUUUUCUAUAUCGUGUCAAAAUUUAAAAUAGAAAAAUGUGAAAGUACGCCAGUUCAAAUGGAAUUUGAACCCAAGAGUUUCGUUCUACAUUCAAAAUAUGGUCUUGCCAUAAAAAUAAUUCCCAUUAUGCUCAUAACGUCGUCAUGGGUCCUGGACCUUUUCGUAUUAGUGGUAAUUUCGGGAAUUUCGAGUUACAUAUAUUUCACUAGAAAUUUUAAUUAUUGGAAGAAAAGGAAAAUUUAUAGUCCAACACCGAUACCGUUUUUCGGAAACUUUUUUGAUUCUCUUAGUUUCAGAACAACUAUUCACGAAAAUGUCAAGAAGUAUUAUGAUAGUACUGAAGAUCCCUUCUUCGGAUUGUACAUUUUAGACGAACCUGUUUUAGUGCUCAAAUCCCCCCAAUUAAUUAAAGAUGUUCUAAUCAAAGAUUUUACCGUUUUUUGCGAUAGAAGAGUAUCAACACCGAAACAUUCCGAUAUGGUUUAUUCGGUAUUUUUUUUGAAAUAUAAUCUAUGGAAAAAAGUUCGAUCAGUACUUUCCCCGUUAUUUCGUACUUCGGUACUCAAAAACAAUUACUUUCAUUUAGAUGACACUAAAAACCUUCUGAUUGAUUUUUUACAUAAAAACAAUGGUCUUAUCGACGCCAGAUUGAUCGGAGGACAUUUCGCUACAGAAUUAUUGGCGAGGUGGUUUUUUCGAGUCAAUCCUCAUUGCUUCGAUGGAGGAGAAUCCAUAUUUAGGAGAUAUAUUCAUAAAUUAUUCGACUUCAAUUUCCGAAAUGCCGUUAUACAAAAUUUGUUUUUCAUCAAACCGUCGUGGGUUUCUUUCUUCAGAUUAGAUUUCGUAGUCGAUGAUGCUAUUAACACUUUUAAAGAUGUUUUAAUGACUUCAGUGGCUGCUAGGAAAGACCAAUUCAAUGGCAAUGUGCAAGAUUUAACCGAUUUAGGUAGCAAAGGUGUACUUGAAAAAGAAAAAACGAAUAAUGAUAAUAUGGUUUUUGACAUAGCAGUGUCGAAUACAAUAUUUUUUUUAAUUGCUGGUCAAGAGACAUCGAGUACUAUUUUAGCUUUCACAUUGUAUGAACUAGCAGUAAAUCAGAAUGUACAAGAUAAAUUGAGGAAAGAAGUUGAGAUCAAUUUACAAAAACACGGAGAGUUUACUCAGGAUGGUAUCAAAGAUAACAAAUAUAUGGAAAUGUGUUUGAAUGAAACGAUGAGGAAGUAUCCAGCCUUACCAUUUUUGGAUAGAAUACCUAUUACGGAUUAUAAAUUUAAUGGUACAAAUUUCGUGGUCGAAAAGGGAACGUCGGUUAUCAUACCAUUUUUUGCAUUACAUAGAGAUGAAAAUUAUUAUCCGAAUCCCGACAAAUACGAACCAGAGAGAUUUUUGAACAAUAAUUUCAAUGUGGAUGGUUUGAAUUUUAUUCCUUUCGGAGAAGGACCUAGAGCAUGCUUAGGCAAGAGACUUGGUAUGAUGGCAUUAGCUAUAGCUAUGUCCAAUAUUAUAAUGAAGUUCAAAUUGGAAAAAUGUGAAGGAACUCCGGAAAAAAUAGAAUUCGAACCGAAAAAUUUUGCUCUAAUAUCAAAAGUUGGUCUACCGAUAAAAAUUACCCCUAUUGAUUGACAGUUUUUUCAAAUUGAAAAUAAUAAAGAUAUUUUUAUACCAUA